GGAUGUGGGGGAUUCCCAUGAACCCAAAGCAUGGCUUCAAAGGAGUACUGUCGCUACAGACGCUCAGUUGUCACUGCUACAUAGGGAUUCUAUCCGCCCAUCCUCUUCACAAAGCCCUGCACCGACAAUGGGCGAUAGGAGCCGGAGUUACAAUAGUCCAAGGAAUGACAACAUCAAUAGCAGUAGCAGCAGCAGCGUCCACAGCGGCGGCACACGAUCCCUGCGUAUCCAUUCUCAGAUACCCGCUCAAGCGUCUGCACAGGCGCGUGGGGUAGAAGCCGCGGUUGCAGAAAGACCCAGAACUGUCAGACACGACACUGUAUCCGCCUACACGACCCCAUUCUCCCCAGAAUGCCAGCGAUCAGAAACUGACCGUACUCACAGCAACACCGGUAGCAGGCGGCGUAUGGCCUCGCCCGUCCCUUCCUUUGCGUCCACACGGUCGACAUCCUCGCUGCUAGCUCCGCUGUCGUAUCCCUACACUGCGCCGACGGCCACCAUCCCGUCCACAGGUUCCUCUGAUAUAUUACCCGCAUUCACUACAUCAACAGGAGGUACUUCCCGUAGAAUGUUCUCCCGCGAGGCCGUCGUCCUGGGUACGCCAGAGACACCGAUCUCUUCCACAAGCGCCACUCCGAUCAAUGUCCGCGAGGCUGCUGCACUUAUGCACGAGCGAAGCCUUCUCCGAAGGCAUCGCCCUUAGCGAAACUUUUUUUACUUUUUCAAUACAUGAUGAAACUAUUAUGGAAGCUCGCGCAUCCUUCUAUAUAGGCGCUAUUGCGGGUUCUCUAGGUUCACCACAUUUGAGUAGACAUUCCGCAU